AUGCAAGAAACAGGUGAGUCUGGAGCCCAGCUCCUUCCCCUUACAUACGGAGUGGAGCUUGAAUAUUUGUUCGUUGUUGACAAAAAGAAGGUAGUAAAUGACCAAAAGUACCACUUUCUUUUGCCCAAGCACUUCGUGCUUGACAAAGAUGACCAGGUUGGCAAUGCACACGAUUUUGAUCCAAAGGGUGCCGAACAUCGGGGCUUGUGCCAGGCAGCUAUGCUCCUUCGACGCUCUCGCGUUGAUCUUGCAAUGAAACUCUUUCCAAAGAAUGACGACAGUAUCUUCUCCCGCUGGAGCCUAACCACGGAAAGUGCAGUCGUCCAUCCAGGUGGAAGCAAGGAAAAGGCUGCCCUCGCCACUCAGAUGAAUGUGGCACCAGGGAGCUUAAAACAAUGCGAGCUCACCGGAAUCGAGUUGAUCUCACCAAUCCUACUGGCUCCAGAUAUGAGAGCCCAACAGUAUCUGUCAGGUGGAAGCUUUGACGAACUUGAUCAUGUACUCAUGGCCACCAAUCAAAAAGGUCUUCCUUGUACUUUUAUUGCGGGACCCAAAACGACAAGCGUUCAUGUACACGUUGGCUUGCAGCCUGAUCGUGAUGGGGUCCCCAGAGACAUUCCACUUGAUGUGUGCCAGCAUUUAGCGUGGUUGAUUGUAGCAUUUGAGGACUUGAUCACGCUACUUCACCACCCCGAACGUCAUGCUUACGUUGGCACAAAAUCGUACAGCAUGUGCAAAUCAAGCAGGCAUGCAAUGGGCGAUAUUAUAGGCCACACAUGUGAUAAAGUACCAGCAUUCGACCCUUGGAAGGCCUUUGAUAGUAUUUUCAGAGCAGAGAGCCAUCUAGAAUUGCGCAAGGUCAUGGGCAAUGACCCUUCAUGGGGGAGUCGUUAUACAACGGUGAACUUUCUUCACAUUGCCGCCUCCCCCGGGUAUGGCGACGAAAUCAAAACCAUUGAGUUUCGUCAGCACUGCGGUACGGGCAAUGCAAUUGAGAUUAAGGAGUGGGUGUACUUUCUGAGUAGCCUUUUCCAUGCGGCGGAGCGGAAGGCGAACGAAUCGAUUGAGUUCGACUCUUACGAGCUGGACAACUAUCUCGUCGCAUGGCCUGAUAUUGAAAGGGCCAAGUACGACAGUAUCUUCUCAAUUCCGAAAAGAACCAUGAGAGAACUCUUCGAUCUCAUGGAACUCCCCGUUGCGCGGCGCGAGUAUUGGUAUGAAAGAGCCAAAUUCUUUCGUUCCGAAAAGUUUGCCCAUUACUAUGCGGGUAACACAUGUGAGCCAGAAUGUACUGGCACCAUGCCACGAGACGCUCAAGGUUGGGCGGAAGACGAGGUAAUUGAGCAACCAUGGGGUCCCCCCCGCCGCCCUCCUUCCCCCAUCACGGACACAUCGUCAUGGUCCGAGACCAGCAACACGACCCCCUCAAGCGAUGGACAAUCAUGUUAA